CAAACAGGAAACUACAUACAACAAUGCAAAUGGUCACCUGUGAUGUAAACAUAAAAAAAUAAACAAAAAGUACGUUUUUAUUUUUAAAAACUACUUCCUGUUUCCUGUUCAGAGAUGUUUAUUUUAUAGGUUUCAUAGGUGACAAUAAAAACUGAGGCUUGUCUGUGUGUGUGUGUGUGUGUGUGUGUGUGUGUGUGUGUGUAGUUGAACUCUUCCUGGUUCAGUUCUCUGUUAUUAUCUCAGUCUUCACUUGUUGUAGUUGUAGUUGUUGUUGUUGUUUAUUCCUCCAGUCUGACGUCACAGCAGCCCGCAGAUCGUCACCAUGUUGACAAACUAACAGCUGGAGCUUUGAAGCAGCUCGUGAGCGUCAGUUUAGCAGCAGCUCGGUCACAACUCGGUCAGUUAGCUUCCUGCUAGCUGUAGCAGCCCCGUCGCUUCCAGGUAUGUUUGCGUCCUGCUGUAACUGGUUGUGUAUGGACGCUGGUGAUGACACUGAGCAGUCUGCCGGAGCUGAGCGACGUCAUCAGUCCUACACUAACUCGGGCUUCAACAGUCAGCCGUCUCCUCCUGCACCUGAACACACCUGUAAGGCGUGCGGGGGGCACUUGGACACACCUGCAAAGAAGCAUGUGUGCGUGGACUGUAAGAAGGACUACUGCAGCCGCUGCUCCGCACAGCUGGAGCCCCGCCCCCGUCUCUGUCACACCUGUCAGCGUUUCUACGGCAACCUGCUGGAGCGGGCGGAGCUCAUGAAGCUGAAAGUGAAGGAGCUCCGGGACUACCUGCACCUGCACGAGGUCUCCACCCACCUGUGCAGAGAGAAGGAGGAACUGGUGGAGCUGGUCCUCAGUCAGCAGUCUUCACCAUCCAGUGACUCCGCCCCUGAGACCUUGACCCCCGACCCUGUGUCCAUGACCUUUGACUCACCUGACUUGACCCCUCACACCUCGACUCCUGCCCCCCCUGCCCCGACCCCUGAACCCCCAGCUGCACAGCCUGAAGCCCCACCCACAGAGACCGCCCCCACUGAGCCCGAUGUUCAGGACGAAGACCAGACCUGGGACCCGGAGGAGGCCCCGGUUUCGGGUCGCAGGGCAUCUCUGUCUGACCUGAGCUGUGUGGAAGACAUUGAGGCUCUCAGCGUCCGGCAGCUGAAGGAAAUCCUUGCCAGGAACUUUGUCAACUACAAAGGCUGCUGUGAGAAGUGGGAGCUGAUGGAGAGGGUGACCCGGCUGUACCAGGACCAGCAGAACCUACUGGCUGCCAACACUGUGAACGCUGCAGAGUCCGGCGGCGGCGGUGGCCGUCCUGCAGGUUUGGAGGAGAACCUCUGUAAGAUAUGUAUGGACUGUCCGAUCGACUGCGUCCUGUUGGAGUGUGGUCACAUGAUCACCUGCACCAAGUGCGGCAAGAGGAUGAGCGAAUGUCCCAUCUGCCGCCAGUACGUCGUCCGAGCUGUCCACGUCUUCCGGUCCUGAACCUGGGACCGACUGUCUCCAAAGCAAUAAAGUGCAAACUGAAGGGACCUCCUCCACAGAUGUGUUUAUUUUUCUAGUGUAAAUAAGAUGAAGAAUGUAAGAAGUGACCUUCUGUGAGCGUCGGCCUGCAGAGCUGCUGUUUGAACACAAACACUGAACGUACAGACCAACUCCACAUCUCUGAAUCAUCCACCAGGAAUCCUCUGUGCCUUCAGCAGCUCGUCCUCUGGACGCCGUCUCAGCGGUGAAACACUGAAGGGGCGGGGGGCGGGAACCUACCAAAGAGAAACGUUACCUCGACAGGUGAGGCGGGUCCAAGAUCAUUACGUCACCACGUCGCCUUAAACUCAGUGUAAAGCACACAGACUGUUUUCUGGUCACAGUCGGCUCUGUUUACAGUCCGCAGUGAGCUCACACUGUAAAAAUAUCUCAGUGAUGUCAUAACCUGUGCAGCCGUCUGCGUCCCAGCGGCGUCGCUGUAUUAAAUCUAAACUAAAGCUGCUUUAGACCAGCAGCCAAUCAGAAACAGGACAUCAGCAUGGUCAUUAAACUGCCUUCAGAUCAGAUUAUCAGCAGGAUAAUAACACACACACACACACACACACACACACACACACACACACACUCACACUGAGCCCCGCCCCCAGCCUCAGGUGAUUGGUGCACCUGUCAGUCACACCUUUACCUUCAGACGCCUGAUGGAUCUGAACGCUGCUGUUUCCCCUCAGAUCCUCUGCGUUACACCGACAUCCAGUAAAAACUCUUCAAAUACUGGAGCGACACAUUUUACAUUUUCCAAACUGUUUCAGAUUGUUUCUGUCGUCUCUGCUCCGACUGUGUCCUCAGGAGACACACACCGUCUCAUCAGUCACUGAUUCCAGAAAGAAACACAAUUUUUAACGAAUUUUAAUAUUUAAAAAAAGCUCAGACAGUCUUCAGAUACAUUCUCAGAUGAAUGGAUAUGAAUGGAAACCAGCGGCCGCCUCAAACAGCAGAAUAACCAAACGCCUCUGUCUAACACAAAAUGACUCGACGUUUCUUCUUCUUUCUUUUGACCACUUAAGCCCCAAAACCAGCAGCUGAGACGUCGACUGCUGGUUCUGAUGUCAAGGACAAAAAGUUUAACACAGUUUGGAAAAUGUUGAGUGAUGAUGUGAAGUACUUUGAUUUAGGGAUGCACGAUAAAAUCAGUACGUCAUCGGUGACGGCUUUAAAAUGAACUACAAGAACCAGGGCUGAGCGAUAUAACGACUGUGUACAAUAUAUUGAUUUGUUAUCAAGCAGGGUAUUAAUUAAGACACUGUUUAUAUCGACAGAGGGUCAGGCUGCAUUACAUGACGCAUACCAGUGAGCACACUAGUUCUAGAACACAGUAAACACACAUUAAACACACAGUAAACAUGGCUUAAUAGAGACAGUGUCAAACACAAAUCAGCUUCACUAUAACUCGCAGCAUUCACAGACAAACACUUGUCUUUAUCUGGACACAUUUUCCCCACAAAUACAACACGCUAACGUUAUUAGCACAAGCCUAUGGCAUUUUACAUUGUAUAAAUUAGCCUAGCAGCUAGCAGACUUUUCCUCUGCUCAUAUGACCCCAGGGACAACAGCAAACCUCUGCAGCUCCAGUGCUGUGUGCAGAAAGUUAACGUACAGCCCUGCAGUUUAUGUGAUAUAAUUUUUCAUGAACAUGUUGUGCAGCUGUUUAUUUUCAAACAGGAAAAUAAUCCCUGUCUUUGUAUUUUAUUUUCAUCACAAUCUGUUUUUAUAAAAGUAACUGAAGUCUCAGAUGUGGCUCUGACCUGCAGCUAAAAACAUGUAGAAAAUACAGAGAUAUAUAUCAUGUGUCGCUGGUCAGCCUAAAAAAAUACAGAGAUAUGAAUAUUUGUCUGUAGGGCCCAGCCCUGAUGAGAAUCAGCCAACAUUUUUCUUAUUAUGCACAAUGAAUGAAUAUUACAUACACUGAGCAGUAGAUAAAGAGAGAUGACUGGUUGCUCUGUUUAUACAAAAAUGCAUAAUCUUGUGUCGGGUGCUUGUGGAGAACAGGAAAUAUUAAAAAGCCUUUAUUGUGGUGGCUAAAUCAUGAAAAGAGCCGACAUGUUUGGACCACUGCAGACCUUCAUCAGGAGUUUACAAACUGUUUUGGAUCGCCUUCCUGUUGAUACUUUGAAAAGUAUUUCAUGUCUCCAUCUGCUGGUGGGCCGUCACAAUAAGGAUCUGCAUGUAUAAUAAUUAAUUCCAAUACGGAAGAGACUUGAUCACUAACAUUAGGUGGGGAAAAAAGGAUAUAUCACUUAUCACUUAAAAGUCAAAUUAGUUGUUAUAUGUUGGAUAUCAGCAAAAAACUCAGUAUCGUGCAUCCUUACUUUGAUUUACACGCCUGUCGUUUCCUGAUGAAUCUCAAAACGCUUUCCUGAUUUAGUCAUAAUGGCGGUAUCACAUUUAGACACUCAGAUUAAUCCAUUCUAAAUAACAAAAAUCAGCUCAAUGUGAAAAAUGUGAAAUGUGACUACAGACAAACACAGUUUAACCUGUGGAGAAUAAAAUGUCUGAUAGUAUUCUUUUUUCCUACAGUUCGCUCAAAAGCUGCGGCUGACAGGUCGAUUCGUUAUCAAUAAAUCUGAAGUUUAUUUUUUCAGUCAAUUAAUUUGGUCUGAAAAAAGAAUCUGAGGUGAUGCCGUCAAAGUUUAAAUUCAAAACCCUGAAAAUAUUGAGUUUAUUACUGGAGAACAAAAUCAGCAAACAUGCACAGUUGAUCGAUUAACUGACUUAUCAUUUUGAGUUCUAACUGGCACCAGAUUACUUCCUGAAAGUCACCGAGAACUUAUUUAUAAAUUACAGGCUCACGUAGAAAAGAUUUAAACUGCCGCUGAGCAUCUUAAAUUUACAGAGUUUAAGGGUUUAAAUCCCAUCUCACAUAUCAAAGAUGACAUCCUGACACAUACCAUAUUCUAGAGUCAGCUGUCUGCUGGCGCUAGCCUCCCCUUGUACGUCAAACUGACUGCCACCAGGGGGCAGCAGAGACAGGAAGUGCUCACCAUCAUGUACGGCACUGGACCCAAACCUGCUGGACAAGGAUCAAUGACAUGGCAGCGACCAAACAGCCUCAACAACCAUACAUAGAUGUUUUUACUUUGUGCUAAGCUAGGCUAGCAUUUUCCCACUGCUCACAGUCUUGAUUAGCUAAGCUAACCCUGGACCAGCUUGACUGUAGCUUCCUGUGAGGUCAUUUCCUCUCUAUUUUCUCUGGGAAUUUAAGGUGUUUAGGGACCUUGAGGGAUUUUAUAUUUGUAGUUUAAAAGGUAAAAAGGUACUGUUUAUCAGGAAUGAUUCCAGUGUUAGUAGACUCAGCAAUGCAACUAAAUUUAGGGCAAUAAAGUACAAAGGGAGACAAGUUGCAUAAAAGCAAUGGGCCUGUCACUGCACUGGAUCUCCAUCUUCUCACCUGAGACAAAGAACAAGAUGUUUUAGUAAACGUUGGAUUGUUUUUUUUAAAAUAGAUUUAAUAGAAACAACAGCGGCCCCAGGAUACUUCCCUGAGGAACGCCGGAUGUCAUCAAAGACAAAGAACAAGAUGAUUAACUAAAUGUGGGACUGUCCCUUUAAAUCAGAUUUAAUAGAAACAAAAAAGGCCCCAGGACACGUCCCUGAAGGACUCUUUUAUAUUAUUCCUAUUUAAGACAACAGCUGUGUCUCAGUUCAGGGGCUGCAGCCUUCGAAGGCUACAUUUGAAGACUGAUUGCGUCACAUCGGCGCAACCAAGGCCGUCCCAUUUCCAAAGCUCCUUCAAGUGUGGCUGAGAAAUGCAGCCAUUUUUUCCCAGAAUUUGGAGGAUGCAACGGAUGAAUCCUUCGUGGCCCAGCCUAUCCCAAGAUGCAUUGUGCGCUGGUGACAAUUACAUAUUAAGUUAAGCUAACAGCUGUUAACUAGCUAACGGUUAACGGUUGUUAACAUUACUGUUAGCUAAAAGCACACAGCUUAAACAAUUUUGAAUUUAAUAAGUUAAAACGCUCCAUCAGCCUGAAAUAUAUCAGAUGUCAGCGUUUCUGGUGGUGAAUCAUCUCCUCAAGGAUUGAAUGAAAUAAUAUGUAUAAUAACAAGAUUUAGGGCUAACUAACCUACUAGCUUAUUCUUUCUUUCGUCAAGUGCAGCUGGUUGCUAGCUAACAGUAAUGCCAGUUGGUCGGGACGAGAACAACUGGUGAUGCAACCGGGAAAUCCUCCGCAGACCAGACUGUCCCAUUUCGGAGACUGUUUGGUUUGGCUGAUGCGGUCUUCAAAGGACAUCCUUCAAAGGUUGCAGUGUCUGAACUGAGACACAGCUAUAGAACGAGAUGGUUUAGUAGAUAUUGGAUUGUUCCUUUAAAUCUUAUUUAAUAGAAACAACAGAGGCCCCAGGACACCUUCCUGAGUAACUCCACAUUAUUAAAGACAGAAAACAAGAUGAUUUAAAAUGUUUUUUAAAUCAGAUUUAUUAGAAACAUCAGAGGCCCCAGGACACGUCCCUGAGGAACUCCACGUUAUUGAAGAACAAGUUGAUUGAUGAAUUCUUACCAGCAGACUCUCUGUGUGUUUGUGGUUGAACAGAAGCUUCAGCAGUUGAACUCUUUGGUUUGAAGUUGACUUUGUGUCUUGUUGACUCUGAUUGCACUAAUCUGUUGACGCUGAAACAUUUUGAACUUCUUCUUUAGUUGAUUUGUUUGGGUUGAAGAGGAAGUUGUUCUGGAGAGAGAAUUGUCCUUCUUUGUUGUUGCUCUCCUGAGGUCAUUUAGGUUGAUUUUUUUUUCUUUGUGAAUUUUUUAGAUUUUCGAAUGAUGGUUGGUUUAUACAGCCAUUCUGGGAUCACAUUUAUUUCAUAUGUAACCAUUGCCUUCUGCUCGUACAGCGGCAUCAUGGCAACUCAGCUGUGGUACAUGAAGCUAUGCUGCACUUUGAUUCCUCUGCUACAAUAAAAAUGAAUGACGUCAUAAUCA